AUGGGCGAGUCUGGACGUGCUAUGCUGGACUUCUUCAACAUUCUGAAUGAAAUAACCAUGAAUAUGACAAAGCUGGUUAUAUGGUACAAUCCUAUUGGUAUAUUUUUUAUCAUUAUGAACAAAAUUCUUGAAGUACCGGACUUAGAAGCAGCAGCUAGGUCACUGACGAUGUACAUGGUCACUGGUCUCCUUGGUUUAGCCAUCCAUGCACUGAUCGUGCUGCCAACAAUCUACUUCACACUGACCAGGAGAAAUCCUUUCCGUGUGUCCCUGGGCAUGAUGGAGUCUCUUCUGACUGGACUGGGUACAAGUUCCAGCGCAGCGGCCCUGCCUGUUACUCUACGCUGCUAUGAAGAGAAGCUGAAAUUCAACAAGACCAUCUGUCGGUUCGUGUUGCCUAUAGGAGCAACAAUUAAUAUGGAUGGUUUGGCAAUUAUUCAGGCUGUCACACCUAUCUUCCUGGCCCAGAUGAACCAGAGGAUGCUCGCAUUUGCAGAUUUAGUAGCAAUCAGCCUGUCUGCAACUCUGGCAAGUAUCGGUGCUGCUGGGGUCCCAGGAACUGGCUUCAUCACCAUGUUAGUUGUUGUGGCGGCUGUGGGUUUACCUGUAGAGGAUGCCUACUUGGUGCUGACUGUGGAUUGGUUCAUGAUGCGCAUGGUGACAAUGGUCAACAUCUAUAAUGACAGUCUGGCAGCAGGAAUACUCACGAGAUACUUCACCCUGACUCCCAACUCAGAAGAGCCGUGA